AUGGCGGCCUCAAACCCCCUCAGGAGGCUGAUCACGGUUCUUUGGGGCGAUUGGCAAACCAAUGCUUUGUGGCAGCGCAUCCUCAAGUAUUCCAUCGCCUGCACCAUAGCCAUCAUCAUCGCCAUCCUUCCUCACUUCAAAGCGACCUCGACUUUCUUGAUACCCAUGGUUACCGUGUUUGCUCACCCUGGACAACGCAUGGGUCUCAUGAUCGAGGCUCUUCUCAUGAUCCUUUUCGGGUCCAUCCUGGGCUUGUCUUGGUCACUGCUCGGGUUGUACUUGUCAAGCCUUGUGGAGGAUAGCAAUGCGCCGGCAGCAUAUACCAUCCGCGCUUUAUUUCUUUUGGUUCUUGUUUUGAUCCACGGAUUCGUGAGAUCCGUGAGUCCUAGGCUCUUCAAUUUUGUGUUGUUUCUUCUUGUUGCUGCGUUGCUUACGGUCCAGCUACCGAGUAAUUCCACGACAUCGUUAUUUACCAACAUAUAUAUUCCCAUUUUACUCGGAGGCGGCGUGUUAAUCGUUGUCAAUUUGUCUAUAUUCCCGGAGCUAUCAAGCAGUUACCUUGGCUCGUCUGCAAUUGAGACUUUAUCAGGUACCGUGGAUACCUUGACAAGAACAACUCAUUGGUUUAUCACGCCUGGUGGUGAUGCUCCCGAGACAAAAACCAACAAUUCGCACGCCCUCGCGGCUACUUCUACGAAUAAGAGCAGCAGUACUGUCAAUCGAGUCAAACGGAAGACCACAUCACAUGUUCGCAGCUUCUUUGCAGAUUUUCCGAAUCCAUUUCGUAAAGGACAGGCUUUCGCAGCCCCUUCAACGACGCCAAUCCAUCUGACCACAAUGGCCUUUCUAUCCGGCCAAAAGUCGAGGUUACGCAUGCAGCUCUCUCGUUGCAAAGCCGCUCAAGAUGAAGUCAAUUUCGAGAUUUCCAUGUCAGCCCUUCCCCCAGUCGCAAUGAAGCCAAUCAGUGUACGGUACAUGACUGGUCUUGUACAGAAUAUUGUUACGCUCAUCGGCGCAUGUGAAAACAAGUUUGUGCUUGUUGGCAAUGAGGAGCUUCUCGAAGACUUGCCAGACUAUAAAGAACAGCAAGUAUCUGUGACACCGAAUCUACAAACAGGAAUUGCACAACGAACCCAGCCUAUCAAUCCCAGAGGGCAGAGACAGGCCGACCACAAAGAGCAGGUGGAAAGCGUCAAACCGGUGAGAGAAAUUGAAGCUGGUAGUUGCCAGCUCCUUGAAACGACUCUUCGACGAAUUCGGCUCCCAGUGCAAGAUUUUCAAAGCUGCAUGAAGCAAGCCGUGGAUUUACUCAUAGCUUGCCUUGCCUAUUGCUUUGACGUCCCAAAAUUGCCCUCUGGAGCGGCCACGCCAAAGGGCAUUCGUCUGGAAGAAAUUGAUUUGCGAAUCGACGAGUUUUCAGCAGCUCUCGCCACUUUUGAUGCCGGCUCUGCUGAAGCACUCAAGCAAGCCGUGCUGGAUGAAUCAGGGCAGGCGGUAGACUUUAUGCCACGUAUGGAGACCUUUCUUGUGUCUUCAUUCAUCCUUGCAUUUCGUGACUCGGCAGUCCAGAUCAUGCAGAUGCUUCAACAUGCAAGAACGCUUGUCGAGAAAAGGCAAAGACGCCACAAUAAAUUCCGUGUCUGGGUUCCUCAGUAUAGAAAUAUCCGGAAAUGGCUAACAACCGGUGGUGAAGCCGAUGCCAUGGUUCUCCCCGAGAGAGCAAAGCAGGCGGCACGCCAGGGAGCCCAAACCUCGUCCACGAAGGACAGCGAAGAGGCGGUCGACAUGGACAACGAAAGUCCACCUAUGACUAAGGAUGAAGAAUCAUCUCCUGUGGAUACCAAUGGCCACAAAGCUACAGAGAAAUCAGACUUGCCGAGACAACCAAAACUUCGGAGCAUCAGGCCCUCCCCAGGUGGCCUCAGUGUCAAGGUUCGAGCAGCAAUGGCAGACGCCAUGGAAUGGGUGCAGCGUUCCGACGAUGUCGAGUACGCGCUGAAGCUUGCAAUUGCCGUAUUUUUGGUUACUUGGCCAGCCUUUGUCGCUUCUUGGAACGCAUGGUACAGCCAGGUGAAGGGUGUCUGGGCUCCGAUGCAGCUUAUUCUUGUAUUUGAGGUUGCCAUUGGAACGUCCCUGUUUGUUUUUGCCGUUCGACUCUUCGGCGUCAUAUUUGGUUGUCUUGUUGGAUAUCUUUCGGUGGAAAUUGGACAACAUAACCGCGUUGCAGCUGUGUUUAUUCUCCUUUUUGGUAUAGUUCCUUCUGUAUACGUCCAGCUCGCAACCAAGUAUGUCAAGGCCGGGAUGAUUUCAAUCGUGUCACUGGCAGUUGUGGCAUUAGCUGCGAUCAAUACGACUACAGCGGCCUCUGAGGUAUUCUACAAGCGACUGGUCGCGUUUCUUGUCGGUGGUCUCGUUGCAAUGGCAGUUGAAACCAUCAUCUUUCCCGUACGAGCCAGAGACCGGUUGGUGGAGUCACUAUCGGCAGCAGUACGCCAAGUUCAGAAGAUGCAGGCCGCAGUGGCCGUUGGCAUUGAUGACCCAGAGCGGCCGAAUUUCCGAUCUCCGAAGCUUUUAAGCCGGUUUAUUCAUUCUCGCGACAAGGCUCAGGGGGCAUUGGCGGCUGCAGAGACCUUCUUGCCAUUUUGUCUCACUGAACCACGUCUGAAAGGCAGCUUUAAGCCGCUGGCGCCGAUAUACAAGGAAAUUAUAUACGUUCUACACCAAAUCAUCGAUCGGAUGGACAACGUGGUGCAACUGCGAAAAGUGUACGGAUCAUCCAUUUUGGAGGACCUGAAUCCGAAAGUACACACUCACAGGAGAAAUGUCGCGGCCAGUAGUACUCUAAUAUUAUUUUCAGUAAAUGAGGCGCUUACUACGUGGCUUCCGCUUCCCCAAUUCAUUCCUUCAGCUCGCCUAGCCCAGCUGAGACUCAUUAAUCGCAUCAGACAGCUGUUGAUAGCACAGAGUCCAAAGGGGCCGCGACCAAGCAUGCUUAAGUACCAUCGUCGCGGAUCCAACUUGGAUGAGGAGACUGCAAGCCUGAUAACUCAACACAAGUUUCUAUCUUGGAAUGCCAGCACCGCGGGUCAAAUGGAGAUUAUUGAGUAUCUCGAAGAGCUGGUGGAGUUGGUCAAAUUGCUGGUAGGCGUCAACGCCUUUCGAAGCGGUAUGCUAGAGAGGCCGCAGUACCGACAGUACAUUCGACAGCUGGAGACUGAACAGGAUGAGGAUUUGGAACGAGUUCGAACGGAAAAGUCAAAUGUUUCUGGCCAGGGAGGUGGCGAGCAUGACGAUAAUGGAACCAUUGUGUCUGAUGACAUAGAAACAGGCAGGCAUAUGAGACGAGUGAAGACAACAGCGUUUGGGUAUGGCCAAAUGGAUGGCGAAGCAGCCCCUGAUACCGAAGUGGAAGAUGAGAACGAAGGCAUACCAAGAAGUCUACAGCGAGUUGGAACGAGAUUAAUGAGAGACAAUACAUUGGUAAGGAGGCGAGGCUUCACCGUUGGUCACAAGAGAUAG